AUAAAUAAAAUCUGUAUCAAAUCAAAUUUUAUUUGAUUACUUUGUUAUAUAUACAUACUAAGCACCUACAAUAAGAAUAUAGUUUCUUAAGUUAUCUAAAGUUACGGAAGUUGAGAGUAUAUCACAAUCUAAUGAUUCUCUAACAGUGUUUUUGUGAAAAUGGAAGGGUUGACCCAGAAUGAGAAAACUAUUUGGUCGUGUUGGGAAGAAAAAUCAGCAAGAGAUGUGGUCCGCGAGGCUGCAAAUAAAGGCAGUCACAUAAACUUGGCUGUAAAAUACUUGAUGCACAAAAACUCGUGGAAUGAAGACACUGCAAGAGAUUGGUUUAUGGCUGAAGUCAGAGCAUGGACAAUCCAACUUCUGUUGAGAAAACAAAUAUUCAAAGUACUUCAUGUCUUAAAUAAAGUUGGUAUAGAUCCAGCUGAACAUCUCAUGGACCUAGCACUGUCUUCACCAGAAAUUGAAUACAGAGAUUUUAUAGUCCAGCAUCUAGACAAACUAUCGCUGGACUUGAAAGGCGAUACAGUAACAAGGUGGCAAGACUUCAAGAGACAUUGGAUGUUGCUACAAUACUUAGAAAAGUCCUUUGAAAGGGAUGGCACUUUCAAGCAGAAUAAAGUCUUUGGUGUUGGUAAAAAUAGAAUUGUCGUAAAUGAAAGUGAGAUAAAGGCAUUGACUAUAGAGAAAAUACAGGCUUGUUCUCCACAGUGGAAGAGCAAGAUAGCUUCAGCUCUUUUCCUGGAUUCAUUUGAGUUCUCUCUCUUGGAUUUCUCAACACCUUUAGAAAUGUGGAAUCAUCUGGUAGAACAAAACAAGGCUAUGAUUUUAAUCCGGUGGAUCAACUUGCAGAUGUCUGAGGUGGUGAGGGACAUGAAUGCCCGGUACAAUUUCUUUAACAAUGACAGCUUUGUCAAAAAGCUCCUAAAUGUCGACACCAAGGGCUUCCCGGAUGAAGUUCUUGAUACAUUGGAUGAGAUUUUUCGUAAAUGGCCCAUCACUGAUGAAAUGAUAGUAAGCAUUGCUAACAGUAGCUGCUAUGAAUACACUAAAAUGUGUAUUUAUGAUACACUGUGUUCCUAUGGCAUAGUCAAUGACAAUGAAACUAGUGACUUGAACAAAAUAAUAGCCAGAUUAGCUCGGACUAAGAAUCUGAAACUUAUUGAUGAUAUUUUCACUGAAUCUUGCUCUAAUAUUACUAAACAACAUUUCUAUGUGGAAUUAGCAAAGUAUUGUGUGAAAAAUAAAUUGUAUAAAGUGUUGACGAUGUGUGUUGAGGGCAAUAUACUUGACACAGAUCUCUCUAAUGUUGAGCAGGAGGCAAAGGACUGCAUAAAUCUUUGGCUCUUGUUUAAAAGCAUUGAACAGACCUCCGACAGGCAGAGCCAUGUAGUGCCCGUGUAUAAGACUUGCCAGCAGAUAGCCAAAGAUGACAUUGACAAUUACAUUUGCUCCAAUCCUCAUCUAGUCCUCGGUAUGAUCCUCCUUGAAGAUGGAGCAAACCUAUUCGACGUGUUUUCAAACGACGAAUUCAUUACAUUUAAAGACUUUAAAUUGCCAAAUAAAGGUUAUAAAGAGAAGCUUCCGCAUUUACACAAUGUUUAUAAGAAAUAUUUAGAUAUGAAUCCAUUUUACGAGUCUAAAGACGUCAGCGUGUAUCAACUGCUUUCUGGUUACCGCGGUUUAGAUGUAUCCAAAAUAUUCGAAUUCCAAUUGAUAAAUCAAAAUACUUCCACCGUAAUAUGUGAUAAAGCGGACCGCCGUAGUUUGGGCAGUCUUUUAGCCAACGAUGUUCAAGUGAAUGCCAGUUGCGUAAAAGCGUUGUCACAAAAAUCCGUUGACAUGCCGGAUUUUGCGAAUGAAAAGCUGAUGAAAAGAUAUGGUUAUGUGGCGAAAUUGAGCCACAUUUACUAUUUGAAGCAGUACCGUCCGUGCAACGCCAGUCAGGCAUUUGUUGUUCAACAGUAUCAGAUAUAUAAUCGCCUGCAAGAUAAAAGUAUAAAGAGCGCUUGCUGCGAGGCGCACGCUCUAGCACUACAGCACUGGGAUGACCCAGCAAUGGUAGCCUGCGCCAUAUCAUUCGUGGCCAUGAUCGGCUGUAACCCCACACGAUGCAGAGUUCACAUGACCGCAGCACGCAUGAUAAAAGAGUACUUAAUAUAUCAGAAGGGAUACAACCAAGACAAAGCUAACAAAACAGUGAACGAUUACACGUCUAAACUUAUACAAAGCAGCGAUGAUGCGGCAAAGGACAUUUUGGAGAACCUUGAAGAGAUAACUAUGCACACGCUAAAAAGUAAAAAAAAUGUAGACGGUGAAGUGGAAAUGUCAGUUGCGCUGUUUGAAUCCCAAACGAUGAUCAAAUUCGCAAUGCUUCACAAUCUGCCGUUGCCCGAAAAUUUACUUCGAGAGUUUGUAAAGCGCGGCUCUUGGUUCAACUUUUUAUUAUUCGGCGACGUAUUCCGGUACCCUUUGAGUCAGAUGUUGAAGCUCUCGCAAGAAUUCGAGCAGAAAUCUUACGCUGAGCAUUUGAAGUACAUCAUGAUGAAUAGGAACGUGGAAGAAGGCUCAGAGAAGGAUUUCAAGACCAAUGCUACCAAUGGGCAAAGGAGAUUAAACAGACUGAGUUCUUCUGAAGUGAGCCCGAGCGGCAGUGUGACAUUCGAGUUCCCGUCUCGCGGUGUAUCCCGUGAGCUUUGGGAAGUGGCGGCCGCUUGUCACGGGCCCGAGGACCCGCCCGCUGCGCUCAUCCGCUCCGCGCAUCUCUGUCGUGAGCCUCUACUCGUUCUGCUUGCUGGCUGUUAUGAGCCGAACGCGGUGUUCGUGUUAUGGGCGCAAUGGCUGCUCUCCUCACUAGCCACGCCGGCGCCUGACAGCGCUCUACUCGCCACGCAGCAAAACGUCUCCCCUGACCAGUUCCAACAGGUCGCAGAGCUGUGUCUGCGAGAGGGUUACGUCACUACAUUACAUGAAGCCAUGCUGGUCUUUAUGCCGGAAAGUCCCUUAUCACUAUUGACAACGUUUCUCUGCCGCACUCUAAAGCACCGCAUAUUCGACUGCCAGACCAGCAAGACACUAGCCAGCUUCCUCCAACUCUGCCUGCGGCGGUACAGCGUCGACGCCAACGGUUUGCCCAGCCGGCUGUCUAAGGAGGCCUAUCAGAGAAUCGCCACGGCGCUGGUGAAGAUAGCGCUUAGCCAGGGCUUUGAUAGCGCCUUUCAUCAGAGGGAGUUUCUGAAAUGUUUGGCUGUUGCGCAGUUUGGGAAGGGAUUUUCGGUGCCUUCUCCAAACUUCGUAACAUUACAUGAGAUCUUACAAAUAUCCAUGGAGACGCCGACAGUCGUGGACGUGUCUAAAAUGCUGCAAGACGACUCGGGCCAGUACUUGCUCCAGUGCGUAGAGAGUUACACCGCCAGCAGAAAAUACGACGUCGCUCUCAAAAUAGCCAAGCUAGCCAGUGUCCCCGUCAACGACAUUUUAAUGGCCGAAUGGGCGCAUAAACACGAAACUCUCUUAAUGAAAGAAGACGCCGUAGACAACAAGGAAUGGACUCUCUUCAUAGCUAAAUGUAGCGAGGCUUUUAAAAAAGCAGCAGUAACAUUCAACGACGCUACAGACUUCCUAGUGUAUUACGUGAACGAAAUCAAUGAUACUGUGCAGAAAUUCUACGCAUACAGAAUCAUCAUGAGCUGGUUCGAGGAAAACUUAGAGUACGGCCAGAAAAGAGAGCGCAUCGAGCAUUUGAUGUGGGACGCUUAUUUCAAAAGCGAUUCCCAAAACGAGGUGUUUUUAAACAGUUACCAGGGUACUCUGCAUUUUAUACUGAACGGGCAGAAAGAUCAGAGUUUAUCGAGGAAGAUAGGAGUUGUUGAUACGGAGAAGCCUUUUUCGAUGGAAUUGCGAGAGAUUGAAGUUGAAUCUGACGUCGGUAACAUUGAAGAUGUUGUUAUGUUGGAGGAUGUUGAAGCAGUGGAGAAUUGGAGAAGGGUUAUUAACCAACUACUUGAGUUGAAGUUGCUUGUGGACGCGUUUCGUCUGUCGGUGUUGUUCAAGGCGCCUUCGGAGCACAUGUAUCGGAGUCCGCCGUGCCCGGUGCAGAUAAUACGGACGUGUCUGAAGUUGGCCGAGGGCACGUGUCUGCCGUAUGAUUUGCCGCAGGAACUGAGAUUGGUUAUCUCGUCGCCAUACUUGCAGAACAAAUUGACCACAUCAGGCAUAUCAGACGCUAGCUUCGAAGAGCUAGUUAUCAUACAAGAAAAACAAGAGAACACAACGGAAGGCUGCCAACUAGCAGCCAGAGAGGAUGCCGACCGCCUCACCGCUUUAGAAGCCUUAGCGGCCCGUAGUGGCCUAUCCAUUGCCAAGCACAUAGCCGCUUACUAUCGUAUAGCGUUGCAUAUCGGCUGGCAAUAUACUGCAGUGUUAAAGUACAGGGGAUUGUCGGUGGAUUUUAUAAAUUUGGUCAGCGGACGCACUCGGAUGUCGCUGGCGAAUCUUGUGUUCAGGACUUUCAACAUUCCUUCGAAGCAGAUCGCUGAAUACCUGUGCCACGAAAUGGUAGCAGCAAUAAUCUGCCCCCAUCUAGUGAAGACUUCCACAUUCCGUCAAAAGGAGCAUUUCCAAUACACGCUCUGGGGCUACGCCCUCAACUCCGACAUCGAAAUGUUCCUCAACAUGCGCCCCGACUGCUGCAGUCACGUCGGAAGACUUAUCCUCGACCAUCUGAUGGCUUUUAGAAAGAUUUACAAGUCUGGCGCAACACCAGUCCCUGAGAGUACUUUAGACGACAGUUGUCUGGACUUAGACACGCUAAUUGACGAAGAAUAUUCGAACGUUGAAAGCGAGGAAGUGGAAUCGGCUAUAACUGAUGGAGGUACUUUAAACUCGGCUGAGACGGGGUCGGUAUAUUCCACGGUGUCAACUGUUUAUACAGUUGGAAGUAAAAUGACCAAAGAUACUAGAAGGAACUUGUUUGAUGUGAUUUCGAGGAGUAAUAUCCAUAUUCGGUAUCAAGUCAAGUCGAAUAUUAGGAAGAUUACUAAGGGCGCUAAGCUGUCGACAAAACAGGUGAACAUAAUAUCGAUCGAGCUGCUGGUAGUGGCGCACGAAUGUUUCUCCUGCGCGUGCGACACAGAGGGCGUGGCGGUCGUACUACGAUCGGCGCAAGCGCUCACGGCGCAGCUGCUCGCGGCGCGCUCCUGGCGGCUCAUGGUGCGUCUGCUAACGGGCUUGGCGCGGUACACCGAGAUGGCGUACGUGUUCCAAGUGCUGCGAGACAAGCACCAAUUCGAGUUUCUACUCGGGCAGUUCGACUUCAUGCUGGGACAGCAGAAGGAGAAGAUCACGGAGUUCAAACAGGGUUUGCUAGACUACCUCAAAACCCACUGCCCCGGUGACACCGACACGUACAUAAUGGUGGCGCUCCACUUCAACAUGUACUCGGAGGCGGCCAACGUGAAGCGGAAACAGGCCCUCGACCUCAUCUCAGACUUGGAGAAGUUGGCUAUUGAGUCCGCGCCGAAGGGGAGCUUGCGGAAACCCAGUCAGCCGGUGUGGGUCAUGAUACACGACAAUAAUGUCACCAGGUCGAUGCUCGAAACAGCGCUCAACCACAGCACGGACGCAGCCGAACUAUACUUGCAAGGCGGCUGCACCGGCUUCGCCGGCGAAAUGGCGGCGCUGGCGCAGAACAUUGCGCUUCAGAUGUCGCUGCUCAACGCCUCGCCCACAAGACUCAUACUCAACAAGAGCACGGAGCAGAUGUAUAAACUCGUCUCCGAAUAUUUGAGUUUCAUGGAAGGCCUGGUGUUGCUGUCGCACCGCGGAGCGGCGGCGUGGCGCGAGCUGGCAUAUCGUCGUGCACUCGGCAACGACCAGGCCUACCUGCGCGACUGCGCCACCUAUCGUCCCGACGUGGCGCACGACUUUAUUACCAGAUACAAAACAGAGCGGAAUAAAAGUCCCGUAUCGCAAGCAGCCAUGACAGAGCUCCGGAAUCUUCUCCGGUGAAGUGCGAGUAAUGUUUUAUACUCUUAUUAUGCGUAUUAGCUGUUCAUUAAACGUCCCAAUGGCCGUAAGUAGCAUUUACC